AAGACUUUCAGUUCCGGGUUGUGAUGAUGGCGUGUUGCUGAUCAACAUGUGAGUUACUGCGUGCGUAAAACUGGGAUUAAAUACACACAAAUAUCACGAAGUCAGAGGUUUGGAUGAAUUCAGUUUAUUGACUGAAACUUCUUCAAAUUCGAGACUUCCCAACCUGCAUCCAAUAUGGCGUCGGUAGAGGAGGAUUUUCCUCGUGGAGGAACAAUAAAGAAGACCCCCGAGAGUAAAAUCGUGGUGGAGCGGAGUAAAGUGGACAACCUGUUUCAGUCAGAUGAACAAACGACAAAGAAAAGAAAGGGAGCCGCGAAGGAUGAUGGCAAGAAAUCAAAAAAGCAAAAGACAGACGAGAAAGAAGGUGGCCUGACACUUAAUGCUGCUGCUAAAAAUGUGGAGAUUCUGCAUUUAAAGAAUGUGAGAGAAGGGAUGCUGUUUCUGGGCUGUGUGAAGGAGGUGACUGACUUCGAGGUGACCGUCAGCCUUCCUUGUGGCCUGCAGGGCUUCCUCAGCAUCAGGAACAUCUGUGACUCCUACACCAAGCUGCUGAGCGAGCAGCUGGAUUCAGACCUGGAGACUGAGGAGUUCAGCUCUUUGUCCCAAAUCUUCAGCCCGGGACAGCUGGUCCGAUGUGUGGUUUCCAAGUUGGACAUAACUAAAGGAGGCUCGCUCAGCAUUCAGCUGUCGGUCAAUCCAAAACUGGUCAACAAGAGCCUCACCUCAAGCUCUCUUAAGGCUGGAAUGGUCCUGAGUGGAUGUGUGGAGAGUGUUGAAGAUCAUGGCACCAUAAUUGACAUCGGUGUCAGUGGAACCAAAGCCUUCCUGCCUCAGGAUGCUACAAGGAGCAAACCGCGUGAAAGUGAUGAGCUUAAGGUGGGUCAGUAUGUGACUUUUCGGGUAGAGGAAGUAAAGAACGGUGGCCGCGUUGUCUGGCUCUCCUCAGACCUGUCCACCGUGGCUCAGGCCUGCGCUGACACCAAACAUGGCUGGAAUCUCACCAACCUUCUGCCGGGCCUCAGGAUCAAGGCUACCAUCAAAAAGGCGACCAAACAUGGCCUGCACCUGGACUUCCUGUCCUCUUUCAGUGGCCAGGUGGACUUUCUUCACAUGGAGGCGGGGCAGGAGUCAAUCUACACAGAGGGGCUUCAGGUGCGGGCGUGCGUGCUCUACAUCGAGCCGACCACCCGCCUCGUUGGACUGAGCCUGCGCAGCUACCUCGUACAGCCCGGGUUUGACAUCAUUCCCAAGCCUUCCAGCGGGGACCGGAUCGGUGAGGUGGUGAACGAGUGUAAGAUAACCACGAUGCACCAUAUGUCAGGUGCCGUGUUGGAGCUGCCUGGCAAAACUCCAGCCUUUGUGCAUAGGAACCACCUGAAGGAGCCAAAUGACCAAGCUAAUGAUAACAAGGUGUCUGCGAUGGCAGAGCACACCUGCAGGAUCCUGGACUUCAGCCUCAUGGAUCAAAUUUAUUUUGCUAGUUUACGAAGGAGUGUGAUUGAUCAACAGUUUUACAGAUACCAGGAUAUUCACACCGGCCAAGUUGUCGAGGGAACGGUGUCUGUGCUGCUGAGUCACGGCAUGGUGGUGCAUCUGUCGGACCACGUUAAAGGUCUGGUGCCUCGGACACACCUUUCUGACAUCAUCCUGAAAAACCCAGAGAAGAAGUACAUCGAGGGAAUGAAGGUGAAAUGUCGGGUGCUGUCAGUAGAUGUGGAUAACAGGAAGCUGUGUCUGACCAGAAAGAAAGCCCUUGUUGAGAGCAGCCUGCCGCUGUUCCUCAGCUACGACGAUGCCCGUCCAGGUCUGGUGUCCCACGGCUACAUCGUGUGCAUCAAAGACUUUGGCUGCAUCGUCCGUUUCUAUAACAACAUCAAAGGUCUGGUCCCGCUUGGGGAGCUCAGCUCCGAGUCCAUCGUCAGUCCUGAGGGCAUCUUCUAUGUUGGACAGGUGUUGAAGGCCAAAGUUCUUCAGUGUGAGCCCAAGAAGGAGAAGCUGUUGCUGUCAUUCAAGGCGGUGACAGAGGGAGAGACGGGGGAGUCUACCAAGCCUCAGUUAGACUGCGAGAUUGGAACGAGGCUGGAAGCAAAGGUGGUGAAGAAAUCCAUCAACGGUCUUGAGGUUGUCAUCCUCCCAGAUGAGGUCCGUGCUGUACUACCCACAGUGCACCUCUCUGAUCACAUGUCCAACUGUCAGUUACUGUGGGAGAGUCUGCGGGAAGGAGACACCAUUUCAAACGUCAUCUGCUUUAACAAGAACAAACGGAAUAAUACAGUCACCAAGAAACCCAGAGUGAGAUGGUCACUGGAGGAAGGAGCGGUAGCCAAAGAUUUCUCUGAGAUAACCGUUGGGAUGCAGCUGAUUGGCUGGAUCAAGAACAUCAUGUCUUAUGGUGUCUUUGUAGAGUUCCCCUACGGCCUUGUUGGUCUUGCACCCAAAUCUGCCAUGUCGGAUAAGUUCAUCAGCGACGCGACAACCGCCUUUAAGCUGGGUCAGACGGUCGUUGCCAAGGUGACCAACCUGGAUGAGGAAAAGCAGCGAUUCCUGGUCACGCUGAAGAUGUCAGAGGUCAUAACUUCUGACGGGGACGCACGGACCAGACUCAUGAAUGGCCUACAGGAGAGAAAGGCUGUGAAGGAAAUGCUGGCUGUCAGAGAUGACGGUGAACUUCGGCAGCAGUUGGCCGCUCUGUCCGUCGGGCAGAAGCUGAAGCUGAUGGUGGAUUCUGUGGCGGAAAACGGGGCCAAAUUUAAAUCUGAUGACUUGCCUGGUGCUGCCAUUCUCGCCAAUAAACACCAUAUGACUGGAGUUAGACUGACCCCUGGACAGAAAGUGAAUGCAGUCAUCCUUAAUGUUGACAUCCUGUCUGCUUGUGUCCAUGUUUCCAUCCUUCCAAAGCUGCUUGGGAAAAAGAAAUCUUUAAAUGAAGGCUCAGAUUGCCCUGCUGUGGUGCAGUUCGUGGACCAGGACUUUGCUGUUGUCUCACUAAAUGAUGCUGCACAGCUGGCUCUGAUCCAUACCUGCAGCCACCUGAAUGAGGUCAUUCUGUUCGAGUCAGAGAGACUUAAGGUGGGGAUGACUUUAACAGUGGAAGUUGUAGAACCUAGCUGUGAGCAACUAGAAGGGCUCCCCCUGGUGUUGUGGAAGGGCAGCGUGCCAAGGCGGCAGCGCAAAACCUCGGAAAACCAGACGGACUCUUCGGGACACCGCUUUGGCGAUAUCCUGGAGGGUAAAGUGAAGUCGGUGAAGCCCACCUGCAUUCAGGUGGCUCUGGGGGACGGGACCACAGGUAGCGUCCACGUGUCGCAGGUAUUGGAGCCAGCUGAGGUCAGACUGGGGUCCUUCCCCACGUCCACAGUGAGAGUUGGCAGCGUGGUCAAAGCCAGGGUCAUCGGAGGACGAGAAGCCACCAGUCACAGAUUUCUUCCGUUUUCUCACCCUAAAUUCAAGUACACGAUUCCUGAGCUCACACUUAUACCCAGCCAACUGGAUACUGGUAUAGACUUCAAACCAGUUACAGCAAAAGACAAACUGUCCAGCUAUAAGGUUGGCGAUGAAAUGACAUGUUUCGUAUCAAAGUUCAAGUCAGACAAGAAGAGUUUGGAGAUCACCACCAACCCCGGCGUCACAGGAACUGUUGACCUGCUAUCCAUGAUCACAGAUCCUAAAGAUGCCAGCCAUCCAGAAAAACUGUUCAAGCUGGGCCAGGCGGUCCGUGCUCAAGUGGUGGAAGCGAGUGUCCAACCUCAUCGCUUCGUGCUCUCACUCACAGGGGUCCACAAGCUGGAAAAAGGCAGCAUCACUUUGGGAAUGGUGAUUAAUGUUCAGCCACAAGUCGGCCUCCUGGUCAAGCUUCCCUUCGGCAGCGUGGGCACGGUUUCUGUCACUGACCUCGCUGAUUCCUACAGGCCAAACCCGCUGGAGAUGUUCAGCAAGGAUCAGUUCGUCAGGUGUUUCCUUCUAGAUAUGGUGAACGGAAAGUGGCACUUGUCUCUACGUCCAUCACGGCUGGACCCACAGAAGACCAAGUUGGCAAAGGACCCAGAAGUCCUGUCUUUGGACCAACUGCGGCUGGGCCAGAUUGUCCGAGGUUAUGUGAAGUCUGUGUGCGAGCAGGGGGUCUUUAUCCGACUGUCACAUAACAUCACAGGAAGAGCCCAACUUCAACAGUCUUCUAAAUACUUUGUUAACAACCACAAGAUCCUCUCUAAUCACCUGCCGGUCAACACCCUCCUCACCACUAAAAUCCUAAGUGUUGACACGGAGGACGAGUUAGUCGACCUUUCCCUUCUCCUUGCUGACACCGGGAAGCCAGAUGUGCUUCCAGAAUCUCUCGGCCUGCCGCUGCGUCUCGUUGGAAACCAGAAGAAACGCGACCCGAAAAAGACGAAAAAACGCUCGCCCUCUGAGAGCGAACAGAAACAAACAGAGCCCCAGAUCCUGAAGAAGAAAAAAAAGAAAUCAAAGACUGAUGGGGAUGACAGCGGAGUGGAGGUUUACUUCAGGGAAGAGGAGGAUGAGCAAGAUGAAGUAAAGCAUGAUUCUGCUAAAGUGGCUCCCAGUACUGCAGGCCCACCCAGGUUGCAGGUGGCAGCAGGGUUCUCAUGGGAUGUGGGGCUGAGCUCCCUGAAGCCCGCAUUGGAAGCAAAGGAUGGGGAGUCCAGUGACAGAGAAGAGGAAGAUGGAAACAAUAAGCCCCAGAAGAAGUCGCGCCACGAGCAAGAGAAGUCUGACUUGUCUGCGGAGAAAGCCCUUUUACAGCGGGAAGCCGAGCUGAUGGACCCGAACCUGCGGCCCCAGGACGCGGCCACCUUCGAGCGGUUGCUUUUAGCCUCCCCCAACAGCUCACUGCUCUGGCUCCAGUACAUGGCCCACCAUCUGCAGGCCACAGAGAUCGAGCAGGCCCGAGCUGUGGCCGAGAGGGCCCUCAAAACCAUCUCCUUCAGGGAGGAGCAGGAGAAGCUGAACGUGUGGGUGGCCCUGCUGAACCUGGAGAACAUGUACGGCACAGAGGAGAGUCUGAAAAAAGUGUUUGAGCGAGCUGUGCAGUUCUGUGAGCCCAUGCCCGUUUACCAGCAACUGGCCGACAUUUACGGCAACUCCAACAAAAUCAAGGAGGCAGAGGGCCUGUACAAGACGAUGGUGAAACGUUUCCGCCAGAAUAAAGCAGUGUGGUUGAGCUACGGGAGCUUCCUGCUCCAGCAGGGCCAGAGCGAUGCUGCCACUUCUCUCCUGCAGAGGGCGCUGAACAGUCUACCCCCCAAAGAUAGUGUGGAUGUAAUCACAAAGUUUGCUCAGCUGGAGUUCCGCUUCGGUGACGCUGAGAAAGGUCGCAACAUGUUUGACAAAGUCCUGACAAGCUACCCAAAACGCACGGAUCUGUGGUCCGUUUACAUCGACCUCAUGGUUAAACAUGGAUCACAGAAGGAAGUGAGGGCCAUCUUUGAUCGGGUGAUCCACCUCAGCGUUUCUGUGAAGAAGAUCAAGUUCUUCUUCAAGCGCUACCUGGAGUACGAGAAGAAGCACGGCACCCCUCAGAGCGUCCAGGCGGUCAAAGAGAAGGCCAUAGAGUUUGUGGAAGAAAACUGCAAAGAUGCUACAAACUGAAGAAAAAGGCAAAUAUACAGCUGGACUCAACAUACGUAACACAGCUCUCGGAAAACCAGUGAUAUUUUAGGUUGAACUCUUUUUCUUUUAAAUAAUGAGUCUGGAGUGUGAUCCUGGGUCCAAGGUCCAGCAGACCUUUGUAAAGUGAGUGGUAAUGAUCUGUAUGUGUUAAAACUAAAAGCAGCUGUUUAACAUUUCAUGGACCUGCUUUUUAAACUAUUUUAUAAAUUAAACUGAGUAAGGAUGACAA